AUGCGCGGGGCCGCCGCCAGGGUCCGCCAGCUGCGCCGCCGCGCCUGCGCCGGCCCCGCCCCGCGGCUGCGCGGGAAAACGGCCGCUCCCUCGCGAGCCCGCGCGGCUGCGCCUGCGCGCGAGGCGGCGGCGGUUGAGGCGGGCGGCGCGCGCCGGCGGCCAUGGCGGGAGCGUGAGGGACCCGGGGGGCUGCGCCGCCCGCGCCCCCCUUCCCCUCCACGGGAACAUUGUCCUCCCCCCGUACCGAGCCGCCGGGAGACCUCCGUGAGGCGCCAGUGUGUCCCCUUGCUUCCCGUAGGUGCCUGUGUGAGGAUGCGGCAGAAAGCGGCGAUGCCCCCUGCAAAGCAUCAAAGGCGUGAGGGAGCCCCAGCACUCCCAGCUCUGCUCCAAAGGAGCGAUUUUGUAUGGGUACAGGAACAGUUCCCAUCGCAGCCCAAGCCGCAGGAACAACCAAGCUCAGUGCAGAAAUUCAGGUGCUCUUUGGGAAGAUGAAUGAGUUUCUCCACUUGCUGCUGCCUAAGAUGGAAAUACAAAUCAUCAAAAUAAACUAAGAUCUUACUGGCUAA